UAGCUUGUAUGAAGCGUGGCGUUUAAGCGGCCGAUUGGCUGCUAUCGGAGACCGCUUGGGCAACAACGGACUCUUAUUGGUUAGUUCUGAUUCCGCUGCCGUUAGACUACAGUAACCGCCCAACAUUUCACAUUUCUUGUCAGUAAGUAACGUGCUUGCUCGCACAGCCUGUAGUUCUUUAUAAACAGUCCACCGGUGCAUUUUUAAUGGACAGCAUUAAAGAAGGCUGGUUUACCGAAUCGUGCACGUUAUGGCCCGGUCAAGCCAUGAGUCUUCAAGUAGAGGAGGUUCUGUAUCAUAAAAAGUCCAAAUUUCAGGACGUGAUGGUGUUUAAAAGUAAAACGUACGGCAACGUCUUGGUUUUGGAUGGUGUGAUCCAGUGUACAGAACGAGAUGAGUUUUCAUACCAAGAAAUGAUUGCCAACCUUCCCUUGUGUUCCCACCCUUGCCCCAAGAAGGUUCUGAUUAUUGGUGGAGGAGAUGGUGGGGUGCUGCGGGAGGUUGUGAAGCAUCCAGUGGUCGAGUCUGUAGUUCAGUGUGAGAUUGAUGAGGAUGUGAUCAAUGUGUCGAAGAAGUACCUCCCCGGAAUGGCAAAGGGAUUUUUCAGCCCCAAGCUGACUUUGCAUGUCGGAGAUGGGUUUGAGUUCAUGAAAAAGAAUCAGGAUGCCUUUGACAUCAUCAUAACAGACUCAUCAGACCCUGUAGGUCCUGCAGAAAGCCUCUUCAAAGAAUCCUAUUAUCAGCUCAUGAAAACGGCGCUGCGUGAUGGUGGAAUUCUUUGUUGUCAAGGAGAAUGUCAGUGGCUUCACUUGGAGCUGAUUAAAGAAAUGCGCACCUUCUGUAAGACACUCUUUCCUGUCGUGGACUACGCCUACUGCACCAUCCCCACCUACCCAAGUGGCCAAAUCGGAUUCAUGCUCUGUAGUAAAAACUCGAAAACUAAUUUCCGUGAGCCAGAACGGGAACUGAAGAGGGAGGAGAUUGAAAGCAUGAACCUCAAAUAUUACAACCCUGAAAUCCACAGAGCUGCUUUCAUCUUACCGGAAUUUGCCAGAAAGGUUCUAAGUGAAGCAUAACUGGAUAUGCUAUCUCGUCUUAAAGCUGCUUUCUGGGAAAUCAGGGCAAAGCUGUGCGAGUGUGCGAGCGUGUGUGUGAAUGCGAGCGUGUGUGUGUAUGCGAGCGAGUGUUUGUAUGCAAGCGUGUGCGUGUAUGCGAGCGUGUGUGUGUGUGAGCGUGUGUGUGUGUGAGCGUGUGUGUGUGUGUGUGUGUCACCCAUCUCCAGCUUACCUGCUGCGCAGUUACACUAGGAAAAGGGAAGAUCUGGUGGAUUUUGGGCGAUCCUGACUUUCUCCGGAUUCUGGAAGACUUGCUGUUUGCCUCUUUUUAUUUAUUUGCUUUGUUCCAUUUCCUCUGAAAAUGUCAUCCAUAAUCAAUGUUCUGUACCUUAUUCAUACUAAUGCACACAAAUGAAAAAUAAAACUAUUACAGGUGGACCCCA